CGAGCAACCGAGUUUGCGCCCAACUCUCACUCUCACUCUCACCCUCAACAUGUCCAAGGGCAAGGGAAAGGAGGAGGACCCCGUCGAGCUGUCAGAUACGGACAGCGACACCGACUUCUUCACCGUCAAGCGACGGCUUGCGCCCAUUCGUGUGCGUGCCCCGUCACCAGAAUACAUCAGCUCGGAUGGCAACGACGACGACGAUGACGAUGAGGAAGCCGAGGGGGCUAAGAAGAAGAAGAAGAAGAGGCGCAGAUUAAAGCCAACCCCAAAGCCCACAUUACCAGAGUGGACUCGCAGAGAGCACUCCCAGCAAGCUCAGAGCAGAAAGAGUGCACGCGCAGGGACCGACGACCGCAGUGGGCGCGGGGCGAGCACUCAGGCGAGUGACAUUCUCUCGCUUGUGUCGUCAUCAGACGAGGAGUCAGCCCCUGCUGGAGGAGCCAGAGCGUCGAAGGAGCGGAGACCACGGGUGAAGCUCACGCCGCCGCCCGAGAUUGACGAGGAGACGCGGGCGGCGCUAGCACGCGAUCUUGAUGCGACAUUUCAGGCCCCAGAGGAGGUACUCGAUUCGCCUGAGCCCCAGCCAACACCCGCGACGCCGAAGCGCCCCGCCGACUCGAGCCCAGUGGUGCAAGUGACGGUGCGCAUGGUGGCCGACCCCGAUCGUUACACGGAUGCGAGCAUAAACGCUAUUCGCGGGUAUGAGCGCGCAAGAAUCAUUCAGGCGCGCCGGGUUAGUCUUGUGGCUGGGGAGGGAGCUGGUGUGCUGAUGGGGCAGAAUGAGACAGUGUCCGCACUCAUCAAGGUCCUCGCCGACAGAGUGAACAAGUUGCCUGAGGAGAUCCUGGUCACGUACAACGGCCGGAGGAUCUUUGCCACGUCACAAACCCUGCUGCAGUUGGGCAUCUUCGAAUCGGCCGAGUUUUCGGGAUACGAACGGGCCACAUGGGACAAGCUCGAGCGCCAGCGCAAGGCAGACCAGGCGCGUUUGUUGGGCGUGGAGAGCAGAGAGGAUGCGGCGGACGACAAUGCCGAUAACGACGGCACGCCACGCCGAGUCACCUCUGGCUCGCCAGAUACGAGUGGCGCCGGGGCGAGCAAAGAAGCCCCCGCGCCGCCAGCGGAUGAGACGCAACGUGUGCGUAUCAUUGUGCGUGGGGCAAAGGGCGAUGAAAUCCGCUUCGCGACCAAGGUCACAACCCCGGCAUCCACGAUUCUCAAGUACUAUUGCAGCAAGUCUGGCAUUGCCGAGAUUGGCCUCUCGCUGUGGUGGGACGGCGAGGCGGUCGAGCCGACCACGACGCUCGAGGAGCUCGACGUGGAGAACGGCGACAUUGUAGAGGUCAGAUGAGUGCGUGUAGGUCUGAUCAGCCAUGAGCCCAUUGUCAAUAUACGACGUGUUGUAGCAUAUGAAAGCGGUGCGAGGUAUGCAUCAUCCGCGCGCA